GACUUUUAUAUUUUCAUCUACUCUUUCUUAGAAUAAAAAAAAAUUAUAGUAGCUAUUCUAUAAAAAGACUUGUCCAAAGAGAAGAAAACCUUGUAUAUGCUAAAGUGUAGCCAAAAAAACAGGCAGAUUAAACCAUGCUAAGGAAAGAUGGAGCAAUGAAUUCUACUAAUACUAGUACUACUAUUUAUGAUAAAGCAGAAGAGUUACUAGCUUCUACCAAAAAGGCAACUAUAACAACAACGUCCAUGAAUACCAAUUCAAGAAACUCUUUCGUAACCUCUAUAAAGAAUCAGGAGGAUCAACUAAUAAACUCAACAAAAUGUCAGAUUGUUGAAGCCAAAGAAGAAAAUGAGAGGUUAAAGUGGAUGCUAUCUAAAACCAUGAAGGAUUACAAAUCCUUGCAAAUGCAUUUUCAAGGCAUAAUUACUCAAAAUUCCAACAAUAUUAUUGCAAAAAGUCCUUCUAAUAUUAUUGAAAAAGAAGAAGUGGAACAUCUUUCUCUAAGCCUAGGGAGAUCAUCAAGUUGUAGUACUUCAAAAGAGUUCAAGAAGGAAUUAUAUGAUCAAAAUGAUGAGUGUAAAAGUCAAAAAAAUUGUAAAUUAUAUGAUGGUCUUGAUUUGGGAUUAGAUUGUAAAUUUAGUCAAGAUCAUUUAACAGAUGAUCAUAGCCCAGAAAAUAGUUUUGAAGAAUCAAACAAGGAGAAUAUAAAAAUGGCCCGAAUUUCGAGGAAUCAUGAUGAAGAUGAAGAUGAAGAUGAAGAUGAAGAUUUUUGGGAUAAAAAGAAGGCUAGGGUGUCUAUAAGAGCUGUGUGUGGCACUACUACGAUGAAUGAUGGAUGUCAAUGGAGAAAAUAUGGACAGAAAAUAGCUAAAGGGAAUCCAUGUCCUAGGGCUUACUAUCGUUGCACUGUCUCCCCAACAUGCCCAGUAAGAAAACAGGUUCAAAGAUGUUGUGAAGACAUGUCCAUUCUGAUCACCACAUAUGAAGGAACACAUAAUCACUCCCUUCCAUUUUCAGCAACUGCCAUGGCUUCCACCACCUCAGCAGCUGCCUCUAUGCUAAGAUGCACAUCCUCCUCAACAUCACCAUUGCCACAACAAUCAGGUUUACCAAAUGUUAAUCAAAAUCUUCAUGGAAAAUUCAACUUUACCAAUUCAAAUAGUAAUAACUUAUUACCCACAUAUAAUAAUAAUGCAUCAACUUUUUACUUACCACCAAAAACUUCAAUUUCCACAUGUCAAUCACACCCCACAAUUACACUUGAUUUCACUACAAAUACAUCAUUAUCAUCUACUCAUCAUACAUUAAUCUCUUCUCAAAGAUAUCCUUCCAAUUCUCUUAAAUUCUCCACACCAAUAUCCCCAAGUACUUCUUCUGCAUAUCUUGGUAGGCCAUGCUUUUCUCAUCAACCCUUGAUGAUCACUUCCAAAAACAAUCAAAACACCAUUGAGUACAGUGGCGAAGUCAGAAUUUCUGACGAUUGAAUUCAAAAACAAUGUGAAAGUGUCACACUUAGGAUUUGAUGAUCAUGUGACUUAAAAUAAAUUUUAGACCACCUUUGUCCAUACAUUAGAAUUUUCCUUUAUAUCAAGGGAAAUCAAACAGUUUAUACAUAUAGAAAAUUAUUUAUUUUUAUUUUAUUUGUACAGUAUAAUUUUUCGAUAAAAGAGAUUUCUGCAUCUACCACAUGAUCAUUUCUGAGGACCCGGUUGGGCGAAAUGGCCUUUUCUCUACAAAACAUUCAAUAGUUUGUUAUGAUUUGUGUUCGCGAAAAUGUAUUCAUGCAGAGGCGGAUCCAGAAUUUAAAGUCUUCUAGUGCCAAGUGAACUUGUCGAUUAAAUCAAUUGAAGAAUCCAAAUUUUGGAUCCGCCUUCAAGGCGGAGCUAGUUAAUUUAUUUUUUAUUUUUUUUUACGUAUAGAAAGUAGAUCUUGAAGUCCCUUCGACUAUUUCAUUUAUUUACUUUUUUCGAUUUUGAAACUCCUUAGUGAAAAAUUUGAUUCGCCCCUUUUUUUGUC